UCCAGCCCUGCUCCCAGAUGCUAUUUAGACAGUCCAGACCUUUGCCUCUCCUCAGGCUCAGGGCCAGACACUGACACUACCAUUCUUUCUUUCGCAGCCUCCCGUCUCUCACCUCCUCUGUCUCUUCGCACCUUCUUCCAUCUUUUUCCAGCCUCCCCUCCCCGGACCUCUUCCUGCUCAGCCAUGGCGGCGGCUGCCGAAGAAGGGCCAGAGCCACUCAGGUAUCAGACUCUGGCCUUGAGGGUGAGCAUCCACUGUGAGGGCUGCAAGAAGAAGGUCAAGAAGGUUCUCCACAGCAUAGAAGGUGUGUACAAGACGGACAUAGACACGCAGCAGCACAAGGUGGUGGUGAUCGGCAACGUCUCCGUCGACGCGCUCGUCAAGAAGCUCCUCAAGUCCGGGAAGCACGCGGAGCCGUGGCCGGAGCCUGCUGCUCCACCAGCUCCACCGGCAGACGGCGGCAGCCCGCCCGGCGGGUCUCCCGGCAGCAGCGGCGGCGGAGGCAAGAAGAAGAAAAAGAAGAAGAGCAACAAGAGCCCCGCGGCGGCCGCGACGAACAACAAACCCGCCGAGCCGGCGGAGGGUACCGGUGGACCCAGCCCCCCGGAGCAGCACGACAAGGCCGACGGUGGCGCCUCGUGCGACGAGGCAUCGGAUGGUGAGCAGGAUAAGCCUGAGGCUGGCGGCGGCGGCGGAGGGGGCGGCAAUGGCUCCCCUGACGCUGGAGAAGCCCACGAGAGCGGUGCGAGCGGCAAGGUGCCUCCUUCUGCCAUGACGCCGCACGGCCCGCAGCCCAUCGCGCCCCCGGCCAACGGCAAUGGCGGCGGCGGCGGCGGCGGCAAGAAGAAAGGCAAGAAAGGCGGCCACGGCAACGGCAACGGCAACGGCAACGGCAACGGCAAUGCCAACGGAGGCGGCAGCGCCGGCGCCGGUGCAAUCGCGGAGGUCCACCCCCCGCCUGACGGACCCAUGAAGCCGGCCGCCGGCAACUCCGGCCCUCUCACCGUCGUCGACGCCGGACCUUACCCGCCACCACCGCCGGCCGCGGCGAUGAUGAGCUACCCGGGGUACUACGCGGGCGGCGGGGUCCACCCGCCGGCGUACGUCAUGAGCUACAGCACGGCGCACCCGAGCUCGGCGCUCCGAAGCAGCGCGUACUACCACCCGAUGGCCGGCGCCGCGUACACACCGGGGGCAGGCGGCGGGUACUUCUACUCGACGGCGCCGCCGGUGUCGGCGGCGCCCGGAUCGUACUACAUGUUCAGCGAGGAGAACGCCAACGCGUGCAGCGUCAUGUGAGACUGAGAGAGAGAGGAUCAUAUUAAUUAGACGGUUAAUAAUCAAUUGAUUUGGAUUAUUAUUAACCGUUGAGAUUAGAAGAUGUUGCAAAGCCUGGCUGUGCUAGUUAUUUAAGCUCUUUGUUGUGGCUAAGAACUGGUUGUGAUGAGUUUCUUCAACCUGCAACGUUUUGCUGUAUCUGAAAAAUACAUGGAUUUUUAGAUGUGUUAUUAGUUAUAUAUUAGAGUAGUUUACUACUAUAUGAAUUGCAGCACCAUUUGUUUGGCUGUUUAA